AUGCAUACAUUCAUAUGCAUCGUCAAACAAAAACACCAAAACGCGAAGAAAAAGCAAAGAAAAAAGAAAACAAGACCUCGUCGUGGCGUUCCUGACAGACGCGGAGUUGGAACACAAAGAACCAAAGAUCGACUGAUCUUCCACAACUUCACCUUUUCUUACCGCUACUUCAUUGUUUUGGAAUCUUCUACAAGAUCAUUUUGUUUUAGUUUUUGA